AUGGGCUCCAAAUAUGGCGUGAUAGUGAUGGGUCCGGCAGGGGCGGGGAAAACGACCUUCUGCUCGGCACUCAUCGAGCAUCUGCGAAACAACAGGCGAUCAUGCUUCUACAUCAACCUCGACCCGGCAGCAGAGGACUUCGUCUACGAGCCCGACGUCGACAUCAAAGACCUGAUCUCGCUCGAAGACGUCAUGGAAGAACUGCAUCUCGGCCCCAACGGAGGUCUCAUCUACUGCUUCGAAUUCCUGCUCGACAACCUCGACUUCAUCACCGAUCCUCUCGAGACCGUGACGGAUGAGUACCUCAUCAUCAUCGACAUGCCCGGCCAGAUUGAACUCUAUAGUCACGUGCCUGUCCUUCCGAAUCUGGUUCGCCAUCUCGCGCACGGCAGCCUUAACAUCAGCAUGUGCGCCGCGUAUCUGCUCGAAAGUACAUUCAUCGUCGACCGAGCGAAGUUCUUCUCUGGCACUCUGAGCGCCAUGAGCGCCAUGUUACUACUGGAGCUUCCACACGUCAACAUCCUCAGCAAGAUGGACCUCGUCAAGGGGCAGGUGGCACGAAAGGACCUCAAACGCUUCAUCGACCCUGACAUCAGCCUCUUACAAGACGUCCCCGAUAGCGGGCUGGUCUACGACGCGAAUGAGAACUUGGAGACCCCGGAUCCAACAGAAUCGCAGAGCGUGAUGACAGGAGAGUCAUUUGCAAGACUCAAUCGCGCCGUUGGUCAACUCAUUGACGAAUUUAGUCUGGUGUCUUUCUUGAAACUCGAUGUACAAAAUGAGGACAGUGUGGGAUCUGUGCUUAGCUAUAUCGACGACGCCAUACAAUUCCACGAAUCACAGGAGCCCCGUGAACCGAUGGACGAUGUUCAGGACGACGGCGACAUGGGUUGA